ACCGGAAACAGAAUUAUGGCUUUUAUGGUGGUCAGCUAGGAAAAAAAGUGAACAUUUUUUUUAGAUUUCUGUGACUUCUGCGAUACUCAGUGUCACUUUAAAACAAAAGUUCACAGCUGGUCUUAUCGCUAAGUCCGACACGUCACUGGAAACAUGCCUAGGCACGAGUUUGAGGUGGAGAUGAAAUGUACUGGAUGUUCAGAUGCUCUUACCAGAGUCCUCAACAAGCUGGGAGAUGUAAAGUUUGAGAUCGAUCAGCCAAAUAAUCUGGUUUGGAUUGAGUCCGACAAGGAUGUGGAGUUUCUCACAGAGACGCUGAAGAAAACUGGAAAGCCCGUCAAGUACAACGGCACUAAAUGAAGGAAUCUGCUUUGUGGAAGUUUUGCUGCUGUAAAGUGAAGAGGUGACCUGGAGUUAAACACCCACGAAGGUGCCAGCUCCUUCCAUUCGACAUGGAUGAGCAGAAAAUUAAACCAGGCGGUCUCAGAGUGGAGCUCACAUUUCAAUCAGCCUUUAAAGAUCAGAUUCUAUAUUUUCCUCUUCCUCCCAGUAAGAUAUGAUAUAAGAUCAUCUGUUUCCUUUUGUCCAAUAAGGUGCAGUGGGUGAUUGAUUUUAAUGUGCAUGACCUUUAUACAUUUAUCUACAUUCUUUCUAUUCAAAUUAAUUUUGAUGUUUUCAGGUGAAAUUUUGAUUUUUUUUAAAUUCCGUCCUUUUCAUAUUUGCUACAUUGUAUAUUUCACGUUUUGCCCUCAGUGACAGAUUUUUAGUUCUAAAUUUAUAAAUUCAGGAUGUGCAGUCGGAAGUUUGGACCAUUUUUUUAUUAAAAACGUGUUUUUGUCUUUAAAAACAAUCCCACUUAAAGCUGCAAUACAAUGAUGUUAAAUGUUGAGCCUAUUUAUUUUUU